UGCGCGCCGUGCACGUAGUUCAUUAAAUUAUUUGCGUAGUCUAUUUGAUAAGGGAUAAUCUUUCCGGAUAACAGUUAACGUUUGUAGUCAAGUUAAAUCGCGAUUUAACGCGUGACAUAUGACAGGGUAAUUGCCGUCAAAUAAUGUCGACACGAUACAUGAAGAAAGUUUACGGGGGCGAUGAAGCAAUUGAAAAGGAGUGUGUCACGAGCGACAAUGAGAAUCCCAUCACGGGAGGUGUCAGGCGAAAGCAGUUCAAUGUGUUCGCCUUGUUAAAUCAGCACUCUGAAAGCGAGGCGAAGGAGGAUGAUGACUGUGAGACCUCAACAGCUGCUGGAGUUCUCUCAGAAGAAGCAAAACGUAAGAAAAAAAAGAAGAAACGGAAAAAAUCUGAGAGCUCGAAGGUUCACCGAACAACCAGACGCAGUUCGGAAGAUAACGAGGAAGUAGAUGAAAUUGAGAGGACCGUUAGAGAAAUAAAUAAACUUUUGGGUGAGCCUGUGCCUAACUCUAGUCGAAAGGAUCCAGAAAAUUCCGGCCUGGCUUUGCAGAGGAGCAAGGAAAAUGUCCUCACUAUUCAGCACAAGAAUUUAAACCCAUAUAACGAACUGAAGAGGAUAUUUGGCAGCAAAACCAUCCAGGCAGAGCAGAGUAAACGGCGAGGCAGAGGUCGGCAAGGACACUUGAAGAAGACAUGGCUUAUUUCUGCUCGAGAGAAUUGGCCACCUAUUGGUAAGUCUGGCCUGUCAAUGUCUCUGGAUCAAUCGAUGGAAAGGGAAGAAGGAAUUCAAUAUUUUGUCUACGAACACAAUACGUCGUACCGACAAACUCAAAUGAAAUUUCUUCAAGCAGUAGAAAGCCUGAACCCCGAUAAUAUCGUUACUAUUAUAAACGCCCAUCCGUAUCAUGUAGAUGCUCUCCUGCAACUGGCAGAGCUUUGCAAACUAAGUGAGGACCUGGCAAUGGCUGCUGAACUCACAGAAAGAGCUUUGUACUGUUUAGAGUGCGCCUUUCAUCCCUUGUUUAACGUGACUACUGCCAAUUGCAGACUGGAUUAUAAAAAACAACAGAACCGCGCACUGUACUUAACUUUAUUUAAGCAUCUAAUAUUUGUUGGGGGAAGAGCCUGCUACAGAACAAGUUUAGAGUUUUGUAAAAUGUUGCUAUCCCUUGAUCCAAAUGAUGACCCUCUGGCUGUUAUACUCGCAAUAGACUUUUACGCAUUGAGAGCACGGGAAUACACAUGGUUUGUGGAAUUCUGUAAAGUAUGGGAAAGUGCUAGAAACUUGAGUCAGCUACCCAACAUUGCGUAUAGUUUAGCUUUGGCCAGUUUUCAUUUGGGGACUGGCCAAUUGGCCGAUGAAUUGCUGCAAAAUGCAAUCACUAUGUUUCCCAGUUUUCUUGUGCCUCUGUUGGACAAAUGCGGUGUACAAACGGAUUCGCGAGUGAUGGGUUCCGAUUUUUUCAACAGUCAUGCAAAGUCGACAACUCCUCCAGCUCUGGAGAAACUGGAGGCUUUAUAUGUAGCACGAAGUUAUCACUUGUGGAAAGAGGCAGACAUUUUGCCAUGGCUUGAACGAAAUGUUAAUGAAGUGCUGAACAAGGUGGAGUCUGGGGAUGAAUUUGUCAAGUAUUGUGAAGGAAAACGGACAACACGAUAUCAAGGAAAACUGCCUAAAAACAUUUUGAGACACAUCAUCUUAUCAGACAUCAAGGAAGUUACCGUUGACAUACAAGAGGUUCACAAUCAAGGACCUGUGUUGUCGCAUGAUCCACUACCUCCUGCAGACUCAAUAGAUUUCUACUCUAGGCUCCGGGUAACUGCCAGACCCAAUCAGAGCAACUCAAAUCUGUUUUCACUUUUCUUCUCUUCACUGUUUACGGACUUUGAGGAGGAUGUGGUUGCAGCUGCAGCAAACGGAUUCAAUUUGUUUGAAAAUGAGAUGGAAAAUGCAGGAAAUGCAGCGGUUGCACAAGAAGCAGCACGAGCUGAUUUGAGAAGAACUGUGGCAAAUCUUCUGCAGGAGGUGGGUAAUUUGCUGUCUAUCAGGGCACCUGAUGGUAUUAAUGAUGCCGAUGCAGAUGAGGAUACGGAUAUUGACCCAACAAUAGACUAGUUUGUGAUUUAUGAAGUCAGAUAGAAUUAUUGUGAUAGAUUCUGAUUAAAAUCUAGAAUACUGAAGUGAUGUAAUUGAAAAAGAUUUUUUAUUAAUAUUUUUCAACAUA